AUGGUAGCGGCAGCUGCAGUGGUCACCAGCACGGGAUCAUCAUCGGCGACGACUGCGAACGCGCCCACCGCGGCGGCCUACCUCGACGAUGACAUGCACAACUCGUUCUUCUCCCUCGGCGCGAUCCCGUGGCAUACGAUCGAUCUGGUCAGUUGCUCUUCUUUCACCCUCGCUCCGUAGCCUCUGCUCUUGUUCCUGGCGGCUGUCAGUCAUGAGGACCCAGCACUCGAUCGCAGCUGGUGCUCUUCGCAGCGAUGGGCCGCGCCGCGCCGCGCCGCGCUUCGCAGCCGGGCGAGUCGCUCCCAGCAGCGGGUCAACUCGAGGACCUUCGUCGAGAUGAGCGCAACCCAACGCUACGGCACCGAGGGGUGUGCGUCUUGGCAUAGCCGUGGGGUCCCUUCCACGGCUACAAUCGUCACACCGGACAAGACUCGCUCCGUGAACUCUGAUCGCUGA